UUGCCCUCUAUUAUACCUUUUUUUUCCCAUAAACCUCAGAUUCAACGUCCUAUUAACAAGGCUGUCAAGACCAUCUUCUCUGAACCAUACUCCAAUGUUAUCAUUUGUGCACCUGUCGUUGCACAUGCCGCGGUUUGCUUGCUCGUACAGGCCUUUGUCGGCUGGCCAGUUAGCGUGCCCAGCCGCCUUGUAGCUGACCUGGCCCAGUGGCUUAUAGACCGCAUCGCUCAGUUGCAACUUGACUCUGAGGUGACAGGUGAUGCGAAAACCAGCACUAUUGAAAGUCCCGCUGUCAUGUAUUUGAUGAACUGUACAAAUGACAGCUUCAGUCCGCUCUUUGAAUUAAUUGACAGUGUGCCAGAACUCGGACGCCUUAGAAGCAAGGCCAAAAUUGAAUUCAAGCAGAGGAAUGACGAAUUAGAGGCCGCUGUCCCAGACCAAGUAGAGGCCGCUGUCUCAGACGAAGAGGAUUAUUGGGUUCAACAGGGAAGGUGUAUAAGCGCAGGUUUGAUCAUGAACGCACAUGAAAUGCUGCUCAAAAUUCCAGGCCUGAUAGCUUAG